AGCAAUCUCCUCUUGCUCUUCACAUACUCUUCCUUCCCUUUUCCCUCACCUAUCACUAUACACACAAAAACCAACCAACAUAAAGAGAAGACUAGAAAACUUCAGUAGAAAAUUCGGAAGAAAAUCUACAGUAUGAGAAAUGGGUACAAUCAACAUCAUCAUCAACAACAGCAGCUUUAUCACCACAUUCGCAAUAGUAGCGGCAGUUUCUUUUUCCCAAUCCUUUGUAAACUUUCCAUAAAAGAUGUUAAGUUACAGAAUCCUUCUUCUUCUGGAGAUAAUCUGAACGAACCUUCUUCCCCAAAAGUCAGCUGUAUGGGCCAAGUCAAGAGAAAUAACAAAGUCAUUGGGUUUCCAACUCCGUAUCGGCCCACUACUUCUUCCACCGCCAUAUCCGGUCCUGUAAAUCCCAGAGUAAAGUACACUAAGCUGAAGAAGUUGUUCUCCGGCAAGAAUUUUACUGCUGGUAAUAAUAGAGAACUGAAGACAAGUGUUACUGUUACUGUGGGUGGUUCGAGAAAAUCUACUAUUAAUGAUAAAGGUAGAAUUAUUAAGGGAGCUGUUGAAGUGAUUAAUGUUGGUGAACUGGAUCCGCCGUUGCCGGUGGUGAAGAAGGUUAAACCGCCGCCGGAGGAUGGUGGUUUAUGGAAGAGGAGAUCAGGUGCGGUUAAAUUGACAAGUCUGCAGAUCCAACCUCAGAUUCAUUUACCUACUGAUAACAAUUUACUCCAACCAACUACUGUCUAGUGAGUUAUUACUGUUUAAAAAGAUUUUAGAUUUUUUUUGUAAAUGAAUUUUUGUCCUCUUUUUCUUUUUAAUUUUUUUUCAGUUUAUUUAGUGUCAUCAAUAACAAAGAAUUAGAUCGUGUUUCUAUUUUUUUUUUUCCUUCAACUUAUUUAUCUUCUCUUUCUCAAAAUUUGAAUUAUUGAUAGAUUUUGUACUACUUUUAUACCA